AUGUCGGGCAAAGCCAAGGCCGUGGAUCAGAGUUUGCCAUGGUAUUCCUUCAUCUCCAACGCCAUCAAGGACACGCCGUUAGAUGUGACACUCCUGGUCGUCUCGGCUUUCGUCUUCUAUAAGGUGGUAAGCCUAACCCGUCGGCGUCGUCAGCGCCGCCAUCGUGAACAGCAGCUUAUGGGGCCGGGCCCGAUCUCCUUGGAGCCAGGUGGCGGUGGGCAGAAGGAGGAGCUCUCUCCACUACGCAGCGACUUUACGGUGGCCGAGCUGCGCGAAUACAAUGGAACUCGGGAGGAUGGUCGUAUUCUGGUGGCCAUAAACUUUAGUAUUUACGAUGUGUCCCGAUCCAAACACUAUUACGGACGCAAUGGCGUUUAUCCAAACUAUGCCGGACGCGAUAUUUCGCGAAACUUGAUCAAUUUCUCAGUGGAGACGAAUGAGAGCGAAGAGUUUGACGACUUUAGCGACCUUUCAAUUAGUCAAAUGAGCACUUUGAGGGAAUGGGAUCAGCAGUUCAGGGAGAAAUACCCAUUGGUUGGAAAGCUUCUGCGCGAAGGCGAGCUACAUACCAACUAUGAGGACGAGGAUGAGGAGGCGGAGCAAGAAAUGCAUCGGAAUCAAUAA